UAUACAAAUAAGCAAAUUUAUUAUUCUGCGAAAUUAAGGCAUAAAUAAACAAAAGCAACAAACACACACAUAUAUAGCUACGCACAUUUAGCUGGACAUUAACACACAACAAUACACAUUAUCGUAUAAGCACACAUAUUUUUCUUUGACAAAUAACAGGAAACGGAAACUGUUGCUGACAAUAUAGUGGCAGUGUGUUGAAACGGAAAUUAAAGUGGGCGCAAAAAGAGCAUUUUAUUUUAACGCAUUUAUUAUUACUUAAAAGUUUGGCCAACAUAAAGAACAAUUAAUAUCAACAAUAAGAAAAGGACCAGCGGUAGUGGGAGGACUAAUUUCAAUAAGAAAACAACAGUAGCGAUAUUAAAUAAUAAAAUUUAACUCUUCUCUUCUGUGCAAUAAAUACUUAUCUCAUUCCUAUAUUCCUUUUUACAAUAUAAAACCAUUCGUAAAGAGAUUUGAGAUACAUUUUUGAGAGGGCCAAAGGAUUCAAUAAAAAACCGCCAACCUGGAACUAAUGGAAUUAGAGAAUAUUGUGGCCAAUACGGUCUACUUAAAAGCAAGAGAAGGUGGUUCCGAUAGCAAUAAAGGAAAAAGUAAAAAAUGGCGCAAAAUACUGCAAUUUCCUCACAUAUCGCAGUGUAUACAUCUCAAAGACAAACUAGAUAUAAGUUAUGGCUACGUCAUAGACCAACAGCCUAUAGGACGCGUGCUAUUUCGACAGUUUUGUGAAAAUAAACGUCCUAUUUAUUUUCGCUAUAUAUCGUUCCUUGAUGAAGCGCAAAGAUACGAAGUGGAAUAUGAUGAACAACGAAUAUCCAUAGCACGUGAUAUUGGUCAUAGAUUUUUGGCAAUAGGCACACCAAUCGAACUGCAAAAUGGUAUUCGCAGCGAUAUAGAGGAGUGUGAUGGUAGCAGCAAUGCAAAUGAAACUACUACUACAACUACAACAGCUGAGACUGAAAAAUGCAACAAUACCACCGUCAACAAUAGUUGCAAUAGCAACAGCAACAAUCAUAAAAAUAUUGAGAAUGACGUCAGGAAUCAUAAUGGUGACGAGCAUAAUGGGAUUAUGGAAACUGUUGAUGGACAAACGACGCAGUUCGUUUGCAGCAAUGAUAGUGGCGGUGGUGGUGAUUGUGUAAAAGAUAUCAAUUGUCUCGAUUGUCGUCAUGCCAAUAGUGUUGUUGGAAAACUGAUUGGUGAAGGUGCUGAUGAGUUGGUGCUUGAUGUUCUUAAUGAUGAUCUCAUAGCUCGAGUCCGUGAUAAGAUAACAAGUGGCAGCAAAGAACUUUUCGAACCAUGCGUUACUGCAGUGAAAGCAUUUUUGGCUGGUGAACCAUUUCGAGAAUUUGAGACUUCAAUGUAUUUUCAUCGAUAUUUGCAAUGGAAGUGGUUGGAAGCACAACCCAUUACCUAUAAGACAUUUCGUAUGUAUCGUGUGCUAGGCAAAGGAGGAUUUGGUGAAGUUUGUGCAUGUCAGGUACGUGCCACAGGAAAAAUGUAUGCAUGCAAAAAACUAGAGAAGAAACGUAUUAAAAAGCGCAAAGGUGAAUCAAUGGUCCUAAUUGAAAAGCAGAUACUACAAAAAAUCAAUUCACGUUUUGUAGUUAAUUUGGCUUAUGCAUAUGAAACUAAGGAUGCACUUUGUCUGGUGCUGACCAUCAUGAAUGGUGGAGAUUUAAAAUUUCAUAUAUACAAUAUGGGUGGUGAUCCUGGCUUUGAAUUGGGACGUGCUCGUUUUUAUGGUGCUGAAGUGGUGUGUGGGUUGGAGCAUUUACAUCAACAAGGCAUUGUUUAUCGCGAUUGCAAACCGGAAAACAUAUUAUUGGAUGAUCACGGUCAUGUACGCAUUUCGGAUUUAGGCUUAGCAGUGGAAAUUCCAGAAGGUGAAAUGGUGCGUGGACGUGUGGGCACAGUGGGCUACAUGGCUCCUGAAGUCAUUGACAAUGAAAAAUACUCAUUCUCACCAGACUGGUUUAGUUUUGGUUGCUUACUAUAUGAAAUGAUAGAAGGACAAGCACCGUUUCGCAUGCGUAAAGAAAAAGUAAAGCGCGAAGAAGUCGAUAGGCGGGGUAAGGAGGAUCCAGAAAAGUAUUCUAGUAAAUUUAGCGAUGAUGCCAAAUCUUUGUGCCAACAAUUGUUAGCAAAAUCAAUCAAGUUACGCUUAGGCUGUCGUAAUGGACGAUAUGGGGCACGUGAAGUUAAAUUACACCCCUUUUUCGAUUGUAUUAAUUGGAAACGACUUGAUGCUGGCAUGGUAGAACCACCAUUUGUACCAGAUCCACAUGCAGUUUAUGCCAAAGAUGUGCUCGAUAUUGAACAGUUUUCAACUGUAAAAGGCGUAAACAUUGAUGAAUCCGAUGCAAAUUUUUAUACGAAAUUUAAUACAGGCUCAGUAUCAAUUUCAUGGCAAAAUGAAAUGAUGGAAACAGAAUGUUUUCGUGAAUUAAAUGUAUUUGGUGCUGAUGAGUGUCCCCCACCAGACUUACUUAUCAAUGCAACCCCAAUACCAGAUAAAGCGGGUUGUUUUCCAUUUAGAAGAAAGAAGAAGCAACCUGCAAGAACGCAGCCAAUACCCAUUCCUGAACAUCUGUUAACCACUAGUCAUAGUGUAUCCUCAACUACAGUUGAAAGCUGAUAGAACAAUUGAAUUAAAGCAAAAUUUUUUUGCAAAUUUCACUCUAACUGAAUACAAACUAAAGAUACUUUAAGUUAUUUUUUUCAAUUUUUAUAAAUAACAAUAGUUACACACUCAUACGUAAUAACAUAAUUAAUA